AUGCGCCAGCGCGGCAUCCCCCUUACGACGGCAGUGGCGGCGACGAUGGCCGCGGGCGCGGCGCUUGCGCGCGCGCAGACAUGCUACUUCCCGGACGGCAGCGUGAACGCGGAGUCUGCGCCUUGCGGCGACGGCGACGAAAAAGGAGGAGGAGCGGCCUGCUGCCCGCUGGACUGGAAGUGCCUCUCGAACGGGCUGUGUCGGUUUGCGGCCGAGGACUGGCUGGACCGGUAUAGUUGCAGUGAUCGGACGUGGGGGGCUGAGGCGUAUACGCGCUCGAACGGCACAGACAGCGGCGGCGAGGCCAUCGGCGUCUGCCCCGGCGGCAAGUUCUGCUGCAACGGCGACCGCAGCGGCGACUGCUGCAAGGACCGCAGCGCGGUGUAUUUCUCGCUGGCGGACGCGCGGGUCGUGGGGAGCAUAACGGCGCUGCUGACGCCCAGCUUUCCGCUUCUGUCACCAACGAUGGGCCCCGAGUCCGCGAACACGGACGAGAGCGAAGCCUCCACCCUCUCCUCUUCUUCUUCUCCCUCUUCUUCUUCCGCCUCCUCCUCCUCCUCCUCUACCUCCCCGCCACCAACAAGAUCAUUCCUCCACACCGCCGCCGACGGCACCAUCGCCUUCGCCCCCACCACCGCAACCAAAACGUCCCUCACAUCCGACGCGGCCGGCCGCGUCUCCACAGUGUACAUCCUCACGACCAGCACGCCACAAGGCGCCAACAACAACUCCUCCUCCAGCAGCAGCCCCACACGCACGACAACGCUCGGCCUCGCAGUCGGGAUCCCGCUGACGUUGCUCGCUGUCUCCGGCACCGCGGUGCUGGUCUUCCUGCUCCUGCGCCGGCAUCGCCGCAGACGCGGACGCAACGCUGUGCAGGAUGUGGCGCAUGCGGACAAGGAAGAGAAAUGCGUUUCGGAACUUGAUGGGUUUCCGAAGGCUGAUACGCGGGGCGGGACGCAUGUCGCGCCGGCAUGGGUGGGUGGCAACGGCAAGGGCGGGAGAGAAAAGGGCGGAGGACUUGGCGUAGGUGCCGCACACGCGCGCACAGUUUCCGAGAUCGAGGGCCGCGAGGUCGCCAUGGCGCCUGUGGAGCUGGAUGCGACGAUGACGACGACGACGACGACGACGGCUACGACGGCUACGACGGGGACGGGGACGGGCACAGCGACAUCGUCAUCUGCGGGCACGGCUGCGCUGGCGCCGGAGACGAGGGCGGGGGCGGGGAUUGAGACGGGGAUUGCGGCAGCGAGGCCAAGCACGCCUCGCACGACAUCGUCGUCGCCGCCGCCACAGGAGCUAGGGAAUAACACGGCGGUGCCACGGACGCCGCGGACGCCGCCGGGGCAGAGCGCUGCUGGCGGCGGCGGUGGCGCUGGCGGUGGUUUUGGUAGCGACGAGGCGAUGCUGGUGAGUCCGCUUGCAGAGGGGGAGGGCGUGGGGCACGGGUGGCGGAGCGUGGGCGGGCGGGGAGGGCGCGCGGGUGUUGGUGUUGGUGCUGGUGGUGCUGGGGGGUACGAGGGGCUUGUGAGCCCGUUGGUGGAGGCGGGGGGGUGGGCCGGAGGAGAAGGUAGUCGUGGUGCUGCUGGGACAGGAGCCAGGGCAGCACAGGCGCGGUAUAUAGCGUAUCGGCCGCCGGGGGGUGCGGAGCUGCCAUAG